AAAAGAGAUAAAAUGCUAUUUAAAGUAUAUAGCUAUCCUUGUCUAACUAAUGAAAAGUGAAGGGAAAAAUAAAGUAUGCCACGUUAGAUGAAUUGACAGUGUUGCUUUAUCAUGCCAACACAGAGACGCUCAACACACAAGCAUAUGCUUGUAUUAAACAUUGAAAUAUGGCAAUAUUAUUGUUUAUAAGCUUCGAGUUAAAAAUGACAGAAGUUAAAAGUUAAUGACAAGUGAUAUAUCUUUAGAUCGUAUUUUACUUUUGCAAUUUGCUAUUACAAAUAAUAAUAAUAAGAAAUGAGUGACAAAAGCAAUGCUAAAUCAAAAACUAAACAUUUAAGUAAAGAACAAUUAAUUGAAGCUAUACGCAAGAAAAAAGAGUGCAAUGCUCGUGCCCAGGCCAUCGUAGAAUCCCUGCUGGAACGUCAUAUAGCCGAAGAGGAUUUCUUAUUAAAGUUGAAACACAUUAAUCAGUGUCACUAUGAAGAUAUAGUCGAUGAAAGGCAUAUUCUACAGUUUUGCUCAUAUCCUUUGUGUGGUGUUAUUGUGGCGAAUGUCCCCACUAAACAAUAUCAAAUUUCCACAACAAACAAUAAGGUCUAUGAUAUAACAGAUCGUAAAAAAUUCUGCAGUACCCAGUGCUUUAAGGCCUCCGAAUAUAUAAAAUCACAAAUGUUAACCAGUCCAUUGUGGUUGAGGCAUCAAGAAAUUAUACCACAAUUCAAAUUGUUAAAAAUCAAAGAAAAUGAAACUUUAACAGAAUUUGAAGCGUUAAAAAUUAACUAAAUAAAUAUAAAAUCAAGAGUAUUUUUUUUAAUUA